AUGAAUCCCGAAUACGAUUACCUUUUCAAGCUGCUCCUCAUCGGUGACUCCGGUGUUGGAAAGUCUUGCUUGCUGCUUCGUUUUGCCGAUGAUACCUACACCGAAAGCUACAUCUCGACAAUCGGCGUUGACUUCAAAAUCCGCACAAUCGAACUCGAUGGCAAGACUGUGAAACUUCAAAUCUGGGACACCGCCGGCCAAGAGCGAUUCCGUACCAUCACAUCUUCCUACUACCGGGGCGCUCAUGGAAUUUGCGUGGUUUACGAUGUCACCGACAUGGAUUCCUUCAACAACGUGAAGCAGUGGCUCCAGGAGAUUGAUCGGUACGCUACCGAGGGUGUUAACAAGCUGCUCGUUGGAAACAAGAGUGAUAUGGAGGACAAGAAGGUUGUGGAAUACACUGUUGCUAAGGAGUUCGCUGAUAGUCUCGGAAUUCCUUUCCUCGAAACUUCGGCCAAGAACGCGUCGAAUGUUGAGCAGGCAUUCUUGACAAUGGCACGACAGAUCAAGGAACGCAUGGGAACAGCCACUGUCAACAACAAGCCGACUGUGCAGGUUGGCCAGGGCCAGGGUGUCCAGUCCGGAUCCGCAGGUGGCUGCUGCUAG